UAGAAUAAGAUGUAUUCAAUAAAAAUCUUAUCUAUUUUGAGGAGCAUGUGUAUGCAUGACAGAAAAAAUUGGUGAAAAUUGUAUAAAACAGUUCAACUAAAAUAAAGUACACAAUUAUUAUCGCGUCAUCGAGUCGUUGCUACUUUCAAAUUUAUAUCUACUUCAGUCUACAUCUAACGCGGAAACUGAACGGCCACGAUCCAAUUUUACUCUCUCGUGAGUUCUCACGUGGAUCUUUUAUUUGUUAUCAACUUAAUUCAAUUAAAAGGAAUAUUAUCCUAAGAAUUAUUUUUCUGAACAAGACUUGAAAACUUGUAUCUGUCUGCUGACUUGAAUAAACAUUCUACCUGUCUCAUAAACAGUUUCAACGCUGAAUAUUUGAGAUAAAAGAUAGUUAAUAAUUGAUACUUUCACAUCAUGACCGAGUACAGUAUACGCAGUAGACAGGAGAGUACCGAAAGUUUGACAUCAUCGUCUGCCGUCACCAGUGAAGAAUAUUCAGAUGAUGAUAAAGAAAAAGACGGCUACGGUAUACAUGAUUUCAAUAUUAUCAAGACUAUAGGUACUGGUACAUUUGGCAGAGUUCUUCUGUGUAAAAAUAAAGAAACGGAUGAAUAUGGCGCUAUGAAAAUAUUAUGUUUGGCGGAUGUAAUAAGAUUGAAACAAGUAGAACAUGUUAAAAACGAAAAGAACAUUCUACAAGAAAUUAGGCAUCCUUUUAUUGUUAAUUUGUUAUGGUGUGACAGGGACGAAAUCUGUAUUUACAUGCUGUUCGAAUACGUUUGCGGUGGAGAACUAUUUUCUUACCUCAGAAAUGCUGGCAGAUUUACGUCAUCCAUGGCCAAUUUUUACUCGUCAGAAAUAAUUUCAGCUUUGGAGUACCUCCAUUCAAAAUGUAUAGUCUAUAGAGAUUUGAAGCCCGAAAAUUUAUUGCUAGACAAAGAUGGUCAUUUAAAAAUAACAGAUUUUGGAUUCGCCAAAAAACUCACAGAUAGAACUUGGACAUUGUGUGGUACACCUGAAUAUUUGGCACCCGAAAUUAUACAGAGCAAAGGACACAAUAAAGCAGUUGAUUGGUGGGCUUUAGGUGUUCUGAUCUACGAAAUGUUAGCUGGUUACCCUCCAUUUUACGAUGAUAACCCAUUUGGUAUUUACGAAAAAAUUCUCAGUGGUAAAAUCGAGUGGCCUAGACAUCUAGAUACAGUCGCCAAGGAUCUUAUAAAAAAAUUAUUAGUACAAGACAGAACGAAAAGACUGGGAAACAUGAAGUGUGGUGCUGAUGAUAUCAAAAGGCAUCGUUGGUUUAAAGGAAUAGACUGGUACGAUGUAGUUCAGAGAAAACUCACUCCACCCAUAAUUCCCAGAAUAAGUUACGAUGGUGAUUCAAGUAAUUUUGACGACUACCCUGAAGAAGAUUGGAAAUCAACGAGGACGUUGGAAGAGUCAGAAUUGAAAUUAUUUGAAGAUUUUUGAUGUCCACAAUGUUUAUUUCAUUAUGUAUUAUUGGAACAAUGAGUUUAUUUUUGGUGAAGUAAUCUAGUAUGAAACUACUCUUCUUGGUCAAUUUUAAUUGAUAUUGUUGAUUGUUCAUUGGCAUUUAUAAAUAUGAAUUGACAUUAACAAAUCUGAGAGAGAAACAAUCAUAAUAAAUAGAAUUUAAAUAAG